AUGAGCGCCUCUGCCUGCUCCACGUGCUGCAGUCAUGCGUGCGCCAGGAGCAUGGCGCUAAGGGAAGGAAGGGAUCAAUCAAACGAGAAGAAGAGGUCGAAUGAGCUGAGUGUGCCCUUGCUGAUAGCUUCAAAGCGUGGGGGGGGAAGAGGAGGAGGUGGAGGAGGAGGAGGAGGAGGAGGAGGAGGAGGAGGAGGAGGAGGAGGAGGAGGAGGAGGAGGAGGAGGAGGAGGAGGAGGAGGAGGAGGAGGAGGAGGAGGAGUAGGAGGAGGAGGAGGAGGAGGAGGAGGAGGAGGAGGAGGAGGAGGAGGAGGAGGAGGAGGAGGAGGAGGAGGAGGAGGAGGAGGAGGAGUAUUGACAUGUCUCCGAAUCGUAAAAGCAGGUUGA